AUGCCAUCCGCCAACCAGUCCUCAGCGCUACCCUUCGGGGCGCACUUCACGCUUCUACGGCCCAUUCCCGUUGUCCAAAGGAAGAGGCUAAAGGUGUUCAACUUCGACGGCCUACGGAGGUGUGCUGUCUGUCUUUGCCUCCAAACCGACGUGGAGACACACCAGGAGCGGUGCACGGGGCUCGCCGUUCGCUGCCACGGGUUCGACUGUACCCGAGGAUGUGGGCUUUGGUUUGCAUCAGCACGCGGUGCGGCUUUGCACAUUACCAGGUGCGAAGGCCGGUCUAUCGCCAUCGAUAGUUAUCACUCCUGUGGGGUUGUGGGCGAUCCAGUCUGGUUGGGCCAUCAACCGGGGCCGCCAAACCUAGCAGUGUCGUACAUCCGGUGGUGUCGAGAGCUCGGUCUUACCGUGGGCGGGGUGCCGGGGGAGAUGCCCGCCUCGGUGCCGGACUUCACGAUCUCCGUGCUAGGAGACAGUGGAGUCGUAACGACGGAGCCAGAACUCCUCGCUCAAGACUGUGACUAUAGUGGCGGAGAUCUAUCGGCCAUUUCGAGCUCGGAGGACGACAACGACACGACCGUUUCGCAGGACAGCAACUCGGGCAUUUCACGCCUUAGAGAUGUGCGUUCCCGUCUCUCCAAUGCCGGUAUCACGUUCGACGCCUUCGAGGCUACGCCGUGCGAAGGCGUUAUUUGGAGACAUGGCUACUUCGACUGCCCACAGGGCACAAUCAUCACGGUAGAGACAGGCCACGUCCGGAGCGCAUCAUCACGGAAGAGCAAGACUGUGAAGCUGUACCCCUUCUGCUCUACCUGCGCCUCCCUGGCGACGCGCAUUCGGAAGUGGGUAUCCGAGGGCAAGUUCACCCCCAGCGGUAUACAUCUCUGUCGUCGUCCCACUUGCAGAGAGCCAGUCGAGGCCUUGUGGCAUUGCAGGUACCAUGCGGAUCAGGCAACGCGGCUUCAUCGAACUGCUGAGGUCCGCCGAGGUCUCCUCAAGACCCAGAGCCCAGCAGAGAUUCUUCGGUUCCUCUCUGGAACAAGCCUGCGGCCUCGGAGACUUGUGUCCCCGGAAUGGUGCCACGUCAAGAAGGCUAUUUUCGAGGGCGGCAGGCUUGAGGCGUUCUUCGUGGAUGUCGAAGCAGUUUAUAAUCGACUUCACCGCCGUUACUUGGUUUGUGAGAUAGCGGUCCGCGACUGCACUGGCGUCCUAGCUUUGCAUUGCACCGUUGAUCACGGCCUGACUUUCGCUGAACUGAAAGCGGUCACGGAUUCUAACAUGCACGCAAAGCUCAACCAGAUCUAUGACUUCUCUUCGACGGACGCUCGGACAAAGGGUAUGAGAGCGGAAGAGGUCGCUGCCAGGCUUCGUCAGCUCGGCUUCUCGCCAGUGACCAAGCUGGUUGAGUGGUCUCUCAACGGCUUCGAUCUCCGGGCCCUUUGCCACCUUCUUUCCCCAUGGCCCGACGUCUUACCCCAGCGACCCCUAUUGGGGCAUAGGCUCUGGCGAGAACUCGGUCUGGAGGGAAGUGUUGCACUGUGGCCCCUCUUUGCGUCUAUGUUCCCUGGCUCGAACCUGAACAGGACUCAUCAUCAUGCGGAUAUCGAUUCAGAAAAGCUUUAUAUCAUUACACGAUACGCUCUAGGCUUAUUUUCGUCGUCCUAA